AUGGCUGCCGGAACCCCGACAAAAGAGGGGCACAAAAGGUCGGCCCAUUCCACAGGCAAGACUGUUGCUCACUUCCAUUCUCCCCGCCAGCAGUCCACGAUGGCCACUCUUCUCCCAGCCACGAGAGUCCCGCCGCUGGACACCAUCGAUCAAUAUGCAGUGGAGAAGCCUCUGGGGAGCUCUGCGGCGAUCAGUUCGCCACUCGAGCUUGUUUGCGGCGCGGACCUCCGGGACGUCGCGAGCAGCUUGAUCCAAGGCUAUGCUCGUUUUGUUUCCCGCUUCACGGGACUGGAGGAUGUUGCUUUCUUCGUUUCCCGUUCCUCGAGCUUCACGAUCGGGUCGCAGCCAACGCGCGCGGUGGCUUCGGCUUCCGUCGUUGCGGAGAACGGGCAGCCAAGUUGCGUGGUUCGUGAACUCGGUGAGCAGCACGGAGACAGAGACGAAAUACAGUUUUAUCUGGACCUGGGAUUGUCUGCCGAGCCUGAAAAUGGCGAGCGACAUGCCUCUGGUGCUCAACAAACUGCCAAGACCUUCACAACGUUUAUUAGGCCGGCUACCACGAACGGCGCCCUGGAAAUCAGAUUCGCCUAUCCCGGACACCUAAUCCCCUUGCCCGCGGUGGAACAGCUGCUCAGAACCCUUGCGACGCAUCUGGCGGACUCUGCUCCCUCGCUCCCCCUCAAGGCCCCUCCUCCCGACCUCUCGAUCGUCAACUUCCCCCCACUUAUGAUACCCCCGUCGCGAGAGACCGAGCAUAACGAAACUGCCGACUCCGAUGACCCUCAACAAUUCCUUCUUCAUGCUUCUUUCGAGGGCUGGGCCCAUCGAAAACCUAAUGCUAUUGCGCUUGAUUUUGUUCAUUCCUUGCCCUCUGUAACAGCUGCGGCGGAGCACAGCGUUCUUACUUACGCCGCGCUUAAUCAAGCAGCCACCAAUUUGGCUGUGCAUGUUAGAACUCUUUUGUCCGAUUCAGGCCAUGCGGAUUACGGUCGCAUCAUCCCUGUUUACAUGACAACAUCGCCAGAACUCUAUAUCUCAUACCUUGCUAUUCUCAAGGCGGGUUUCGCCUUCUCUCCCAUUCCCCAGGAUGCGCCGGUGCAAAGAGUACGGGAAAUCCUGCAAGAUAUUGCCUGUCCCAUAAUACUGGGCAAUACUCCGGAGCCCUCUUCCGGGCCGUGGCGCACAGAUGGUAGUGACAGUGAUGGGACCCGACAUCAUUGGGUUGAUGUGGCGGAGGUCUCCAAAUGGAGGGAGCUGAGGGACGGCCAUCUCGAACCCUCUCCCGCGGACGAACAAUUGGAACAGUUACACAUUAAGCAUGACCAAACAGCCUAUCUGCUGUUCACAAGCGGCUCGACUGGAAAACCGAAAGGUGUCCAAGUCAGUCAUCUGGCGGUCGCCUGCUCCAUCGCGUCCCACGCUACAGCCAUUCCACUCCCAGGGGACUCUGUAGGCGACUUCCGCUGGUUCCAAUUCGCGUCUCCGACCUUCGAUCCGUCACUCAUGGAAAUAUUCGUGACCUUGAGCAGCGGUGCUACGCUCUGUUCGGCUCUGCGCCACCUGACCUUGACAGACCUCGAAGCGACCGUGAACGAAGCUAGAGCGACUGUCAUGAUGGCUACACCCAGCUUGGCCGCACUUCUCCGCCCAUCUCGGUUGACUACUUUGCAGUCUCUCUGGACCAUGGGUGAAAAGCUGAACAGGACCGUCAUCGAAAGCUUCUCUACAAAAUCUCCCGAUCAAACGCUUUCAAUUCCGGAGCCAUCACGGAUGCUGGUCAAUGCCUACGGGCCCACCGAGGGAGCUAUCAACUGCACCUUCCUCGCGCCAUUCGGAUAUAACGUCCGUGGCUCAAUCAUCGGCGAAGCCCUGCCGACCUGUGCAAUGUUUGUUCUUGACCCAAACAGCCACACCCCCAAACCGUUCCCAGCUGGCCUUGCUGGCGAGCUAGCAAUAGGAGGCCCUCAAGUCAGCAAAGGAUACUUAAAUCGUCCCAAAGAAACCGCAAAGUCCUUUGUUCACAGUGACGAGUUUGGUUAUCUAUAUCGGACGGGAGAUAUGGCGCGCAUUGUCUGGGAUGAGUCCGGAUCUCAGGUAAUCGAAUUCCUCGGCCGUAUUACCUCCGACCAGGUCAAGAUCAGUGGCCGUCGCCUUGAAUUAGGCGAGAUUGAAUCCGCCCUUGCGACAGUGCAAGGGGUCACAGAGGUUGUGGCUAUUGUCUCAAAACGCGACGUUAAUGUGCAGGGAAGCGAGCAGAUUGUCGCGUGCUUGGUGGCAAGUGAUAGUAGCGAGGAGGGAAAGCAGCGACUCGUUCAAGAAGCACAACGGAGCACGCAACAACACCUCUCUUCUUAUAUGUGCCCAUCGUCUUACAUAUUCUUCGAGGCACUUCCUAGGUCUAGCUCCGGCAAGGUCGAUCGCAAGGCCAUAACAGCGACACUGGAAAGAGAUGACGGCAAUUUGAAGUUUUACUCUGCUUCUAAAUCAAAGCCCAGUCAGACAAACGGAGUCCAUGAUGAUGAGUGGGAGACGCCAGACGACGAGAAUCUCCAAUCUUUUCAGCACCUCGUGAUUGGUAUUAUCGCAGAAUCAACGGAUGAGGACGUAUCUGCCAUCAAACCCGGGACUGACUUGUUUUCGCUCGGCGUUGAUAGCCUCGGUGCGAUGCGGCUGCUGCAAAGGCUAAGAGACCAUUCUCUCGAGGGACUAUCUGUUGGGGAUGUUUUGCAGGCCGGAACACCGAAAGGGCUGGUCGCGGCCGUCUCUCAGCAUCGCCAAGUUAACGGGACUCAAGCCAACGGUUCUGAUGAAGCCUUGCAAUACAACCUCAUAGCAUUCAGUGAUCGAAACCGCUUAGUUUGCGCAGAGAGACUGAGCGUCAGCCCUGAACAGAUCCAACGCGUGCUUCCGACCACCGCUACACAAUCCGGCAUGUUGACAAGCUUCCUACGUAGUACGUCUGACAAGUCUUUUGCAAAUCGCUCGUAUAUUUAUCACUCUGUUCUUCCACUCGAACCACAUGUCAACAUUAAUCAAAUGAAAAGGGCCUGGGAAACCGUUAUCGCAAGCUACGACUCGUUCCGGACAGUCUUUUGCUGGCUUGAUGAUGACAUGGCACCGUUUGCGCAAUGCAUACUGGCCGAUGCAGUCUCCGCGGAGUGGGGGGUCUACCCUACGACAGAGGAAGCAUCCGAAGAAACUUUGCGUAUAGCUCUUCGACGCGCAGAAGAGUCAAUAGAGCUCACUAAUCCGCCUUGGAAGUUGUCCCUGAUUACAUCCUCUCAAUCAUCUCGGAUCGUUCUGAGCAUGUUUCAUGGAAUCUUUGAUGGGGGCUCUCUGCAGCUCUUGCUGGAAGAUGUGGCUUCGGUGUAUUUGGGGAAGCUCCUGGCAUCACGAAUCCCACUGGAGCACAUCGUGAAACAUCACUUUCAGGCCGACCAUUCGGGAACCGCUCGUUUUUGGGAGAAGCAUUUGGAAGGUUAUUCGCCAGUCGUGUUCCCUUCUGUCACCUCUUACCGCUCGCGCCCGACGAAGCAGACCGGCUGUGUCGAGAUCACUGCUCGCACGAGCUACGACAGCCUGAAGAGACGAUCCAGGAGUAUGGGGUCGACACCGCUUUCUAUUCUUCAAGCUGCUUGGGGAUCGGUUCUGCUGGCUUACACUGGGACACUGGAUCAGGACGUAGUCAUGGGCAGUGUCGUGUCUGGACGACUUGAUCGUGACUCGGAAGCCUGUGUUGGUCCGACAUUUACAACUGUCCCAAUUAGGCUUUCCCUGAGUCAAAUCGAAAAGGACCAUGGAGAACUGUGGACUAACCGAUCCGUUGCGCGCCACCUGACAACCUUCAACGCGCAAACGUUGUCUCAUUUGCAACCUCGUUUGGGGUCACUGGUAACGGCAGAGGGCCGCCUUCCAUACGACACCCUCAUCGCCUACCAGGACUUCAACGCAGGGUCCAGCGACAGUGGUCUAUGGAGCUCAAUCGACCACCCGGCCAUGGCAAAUGACUUCGCGGUCAUGAUUGAAGUAUGGCCUGGCGUCGACUCGUCCUUGACCUUCCGUGCCAGCUUUAAUGACGCUCAACUUGACCAUACCUCAGCGGAGAUGAUGCUCCGGCAGAUGUCUGAUAUUGUCUCGUUUAUACUAAACCAACCUGAUGGGAACUUCUUGAAUGCUUCAUCAUGCACAGCACCGGAUUUGAGGUCAAGCUUUAACCCAGAUCCGUCUUUCGGCUCAAAUGAAGCUUUGCUGCAUUCCCAGUUCGAAGAACAUGCCGCUUCCCAUCCUGAUGACCCUGCAUUGAUAUUCAAGCAUGACUUGGACGAUGAUAGCAACCCGCACAAUAUAAUAUGGUCGUACUCAGAGCUCAACGCUCUUGCCAACUAUCUCGCGGAUUCUCUGCUUCAAACAGGUGCUCAGCUGACAAACUCGCCGAUUCCAAUUUGCAUCGAGAAAAGCCCCGCCAUGUAUGUUGCCAUCCUUGGUAUUCUGAAGGCUGGCGGUGCGUGGUGUCCGAUCGAUACUCUUUCCCCUCCGCAACGCCGCCAUGACCUUAUUGCACGCACUGCAUCGAAGAUACUUCUCGUCUCUGGCGCAGAUGGCCCGCUACCGGAAGGCUCAAUUCCCACCGGUGUUGACGUGAUUGACGUCAGCAAGUUUACCACCCGUGAGGUCACAGCAAACGGAGUGGCACAGAGAUCCCAACACAGAGCUACGCCUGAUGGUAUGGCCUAUCUCAUCUGGACCAGCGGUACGACAGGCGCGCCGAAGGGUGUUCCAAUCAAACACUCCUCUGCCGUAUCAAGUAUGAAAUCCCUUCAGAAAGAUAUCCCGACUGAUGUCGCAGGUGGUGUCCGCUGCUUGCAAUUCUCGCAGUAUACAUUCGAUGUUUCAAUCCAAGACAUCUUCUACACCUGGGGCGUAGGCGGCGUGCUUAUCUCUGCCUCGAGGGAAAUCAUGCUCGGUUCAUUCUCGAGGCUAGCAAAUAUCACCAAGGCGACCCACGCUCAUCUGACCCCCGCCUUUGCAGCCGGCGUCUCACGGAAGUCGUGUGAGACGCUUCAAGUAAUCACCAUGAUCGGCGAAAAGCUGACGCAGCCGGUCGCUGACGACUGGGGCACCAAUAUGAGAGCUUUCAACACGUACGGUCCUGCCGAGGUGACCGUAGUCUCGACAAUACGAGAGUUCGGAAACGAGCACAAGAACAUCAAAAGCGCAAACAUUGGGUGGCCGAUGGAUACUGUGUCUGUGUUCGUGACUAAGGAUCAGCGUCUGGUCAUGAAGAAUGCCAUUGGCGAGCUAGCGCUGGGUGGGCCUCAGCUUUCUCCUGGCUAUCUCAACCAGGAGGAUGUCAACAAGAUCAAAUACGUCUGGAAUGAGGAGGCUGGACAGGUGGUUUACUAUACCGGCGACUUGGUCCGUAUGCUUGCGGAUGGUUCCCUUGAGUACAUCAAUCGUGCAGAUGAUCUGGUCAAGCUCGGUGGCAUCAGAGUGGAGCUGAGCGAGAUUAGCUUCUCUCUUGCACAGUGUCAUCCCCUGGCUGAGAGUAUUGAGACGAUGAUCCUCAACCGACCAGAUCGGCCCAAUAAAGUCGUGGUUGCGUUUAUCUCUGCAUCGAAGGCUGCAAAUACGGACGACGAGCAGAUCCUGGUGCUUGGUGCUACGGCACUUGAGAUUGCCCGUGCGGCCAGCAAUAAGGCCCAAAGCGUCCUGCCUGACCACAUGAUACCGUCCGUUUAUUUGGUGGUGUCACGCAUCCCAAGAACGUCGUCGGCGAAAACAGACCGCAGAGCACUGCAGGCUGCCUAUGCCUGUGUGGACAUCGAUAGCUGGGAAAGGGAGCUGAACCCAGAGGCAGAUGGUUUUGUUGAUCCCGAGGAUCAGGCUAAUGCGUCCAUGGCCAACCAGAUAAUGGAUAUGAUCGCUUCCCUGGCUAAAAUCUCAAAAUCAAUCGUGACGAAAUCCAGCCGAAUGGGAAGUCUAGGCAUUGAUUCUAUUCGCGCGAUCCGGUUAGCUUCUAGGCUGAAAGAGGCUGGCCAUCAGCUGUCAGUUGUGGAGGUUUUGAAUUGUGUGACUAUCCAGGACCUUGUCAGGUUGGUUUCAGCUUCUGGUGCCACUGAGAAAUCCACGUUUGAGACCUUCGACGUGGGCACAUUUAACGAGACCUGGCACCCUGCCGCAGCGACUAGAGUCCUGGAGGAGUUUGUCACCGUCCGGGCGACCACGAUCCAGGAAAGUCUGCUUAGUGAGACCAUGGGCACAUACAACAUGUAUUGGAGCAAUCAUUUCUUUGCACUUGAUACUUCAGUGGAUGUGACGCGGCUGAAGCAAGCUUGGCUUGCAACUAGCCAGAAAGUCGAGGCCUUGAGAACAGGGUUUAUUCCUGUUGCUGAAGUCGACAAUAAGAACGUCCAAUCUCGCGACUUCUCGAUCUUGCAGAUCAUAUAUACACUUCCCGAUUUGGACUGGGAAUAUGUCAAUUGUUCUGCGCAGGAAUUGGUAGAGCUCCGCGAUAACCGAAUCGAGGAUAUCAUGACAAGACACCAAAAGAACUACUUCAGACACUCGCCCUGGGCAGUUACUGUGUUUGAUACCGGUGAUGCAAGACUUAUGGUUCUGACCAUCCACCACUCUAUCCACGACGGGCCUUCACUAGGACUGAUCAUGAACGAUGUGCGAUCCGCGUACGCGUACAAACCGCCCCGCAGACAUCAACUCACCGAUGCACUUUCGAUUAUACUUCCUGGAGAGAAGCGCAGUGUGGCUACUAGAAACUUCUGGGAAGCCGAGUUGAAGAGAUUCUCCGAACUGGACGCUCCUGUGUGGCCCGAUCUCACCGGGAAGCGACUGCAACCGGGCGAAGCACCUAGGCACGAGUUCAUUGCGGAGGAGUUAUUAGUGACCCAUCCAACCGCCAAGCUGCAGUCUUUCGCUGCGCAGCUUGGAGUUUCAUCCAUUGCCUCUGUCGUUCGGGCAGCCUGGGCCUAUGUUUCCCUCGGCUAUCUUGGCAUUCCGGCGACAGUCUUCGCCGAGACCCUGUCUGACCGAGUCCUGCACGCGGAUCUGGAAGACUGCAUCGGGCCACUGAUUUCCGUAGUCCCGAUCCCGUUCCAUCCAACAGGAAGCACCCGCGAGUUGCUCGCAGAACAGCAUCGGCUUUCUGUUCAGGCCUGGCAGCAUCGUCAUAUCCAUGCCCGUGAGGUCCGGAAGAUGCUUAAACGGCCGAGGGGAGAGGCGCUUUAUCCGGCCGUGUUUAACUUUCAUGUUGCGAGAGAGUCAGAUUCUAUCGUUCAACCUGGUGUCUGGCGCGAACUGGAAGAUGAAGUCGGUCUUCAUGUUGAGCACCCAAUGGCGCUGAAUGUGUUCCAAGGUGCGGAUGGCUCCAUUGUCCUGGAAGCGUCUGCGGACAGCAGUAUGAUGUGUCGGGAACAGCUGUCUAUUUUUGUCCGUCAGAUUGAUGGGCUUAUCAGCUCGAUGCUCGAAUCUCCUGAUGAACCUCUGGCUAGCCUCGUCACCCGUCUUCCAGCAACGUUACGCUCGGUCUCGUAUCAGCCGGUCAGCGAAGAGGUGGCCAACUCAGUUCACCUGAGUCCAACAUACUGGUUGGAGGUUUACGCUGCGAAGCGCCCGGAACUGACAGCCGUUGAAGUUGCGAGUAGUAUUUCGUCGAGUGGAGUCGAAAAGGAGACCAUGACGUACGGAACGUUGAACGCUGCUGCAAACCGUGUUGCGGCAUUUAUUGCUUCCCACGGUCACAAGAACACGAUGAUUGCCGUUUGCUCCGGGCGGAACCUACCAUCCUACCCGAUAAUUAUCGGUAUCUUCAAAUCAGGAAAUACCUAUCUGCCCAUCGAAGAGGGUCUUCCGAUGGAUCGCAAGACGUUCUUGGUUGAGGAUGCUGAAUGUCCUAUUGUGUUCACGGAAACAUCACUCUCGGCCGCAUUUGCGAAUGUUCCGAAGAGUUGUCGCGUGUUGUGCAUUGAUGAUCCGGAGCUUGCGAACUCGUUUGCCACAAUGCCGUCCGACGACAGAGAUUACCAAUCUGAUCCCGAUGACCUGGCUUACCUCUUAUUCACCUCGGGAUCGACCGGUAAGCCCAAGGGUGUGAUGGUGACUCGCGGCAAUCUCUCAUCCUUUAUCGAGUCCUUUUCCGAAUUCACAUGCCGGCAGGCUCCUGUAACGUUAGAGCUAGCCGGUACGGGGAAGUAUCUCGCACAAGCGAGCCGAGCUUUCGACCCCCAUCUCCUGGAGAUGUUCUUCCCAUGGCGCCAUGGAAUGGCGACAGCCACGGCUCCGAGAACGAUGAUCCUGGACGAUCUCGGCCUGACGCUCUCCAAAUGGGAUAUCACACACGCAAGUCUCGUGCCGUCUUUAGUCGACCAGACAAGCAUUGUGCCCGAACAAUGUCCCACGCUGAAAUACAUGACCGUUGGCGGAGAAAAGAUCUCGCAGAAGGUGUUGGACACGUGGGCUACCGCGCCGCAGAUGGCUCUGGUCAACGCCUAUGGUCCAACAGAGGUGACAAUCGGCUGUACCUUCGCCCGUGUUGGCAAGGACACCAACCUGCGUAACAUUGGACCGCCGCUCGCGGCCUGUGUCGGCCAUGUCCUUGUUCCUGGGACAUUUGACUACGCGUUGCGGGGCCAAACCGGCGAACUGUGCUUCAGUGGGGACCUGGUCGCGAAAGGAUACCUCAACCGACCAGAUGCGACUGGGUUCGUCACCGGUCCCGGUGGCGAGAGGAUGUAUCGCACUGGCGAUAUCGGACGACUGAUGCCCGACGACUCGGUCGAGUAUCUGGGGCGUGGCGAUGACCAGACCAAGAUCCGUGGCCAGAGACUUGAACUUGGGGAAGUGUCGGAGGUGGUUCGUUCGUCGUCGCCGGUCAGAAUCGAUGUCGUUACUACCGUUGCCAAACACCCUGGUUUGUCGAGGAUGCAGCUGAUCUGCUUCAUCGCGCGGUCAGAUACUAGGCAGCGGGAGAAGGGCGGAGAUGUUGUCUUCCUUCAAUCGGAUUUUGGGACCCUGGGAAAGGAGCUUCAGGAUGUCUGCAAGAAGCAGCUGCCUAGUUACAUGGUUCCUGAGCUUAUUCUGCCGAUCACAUAUAUUCCGCUCGCGCCGAUGUCGGGAAAGGCGAAUGUCAAGGAGCUGCAGGGUCUGUUUUCGAACCUUCCUCUUCCUACUGUUCUUCAGGGGAAUAGGCUGGCGAAUAAAGAUGGGACUGUCGUUACUCGGUCUUUGACUGCGGAUGAGGAGGCUGUGGUGAAGGAGAUCUGCGCUAUCAUCUCGGUGGAUUCUGCUACUGUUGGACCCCUGACCAAUAUCUUUGAAAUCGGGCUGGAUAGUCUGAGCGCUAUAGGGCUGUCGAUAAAGCUCCGCAAUAUCGGCUACGAAGCUACGGUGGCUAUUGUUAUGGGCAACCCGGUGGUCGAACAGCUUGCACGUUUGCCUAGGAGUUCCUCUUCGUUGGAGACGGAUGUUUCGAAGACGCGCGAGGCUUUUCAAAGGAUUGAAAUGCUUUACAGGCUCAACCCAUCACCGGGAGUUGACGUGUCGGAGGUCACUGUAGUGCGACCCUGUUUGCCACUUCAGGAAGGUCUCGUUGCCCGCUCAAUAAAUGGUGAGGGAAAGCAGCUUUAUGUCAACCAUGUUAUCCUCCGUCUGGAGUCCCGUAUGGAUGUCGAUAAGCUGAAGUCUGCCUGGCAGGCCGUGGUUCGUGACACCGAGAUUUUGAGAACAUCGUUUGCACCCUUGGACAAACAGGUGGUACAAGUGGUCUUUUCGGCCGACUCCCACCGAGCUCAGUGGAAGGAGGAGGAGUACGCCAGUUUGGAUGACUCGAUCGAGCAGAACAAAGCGCAACGGGGUCUUGUCUCUCAGGACAUCAUCUCGAAUAUCUCCAAGGACCCUCCCGUGCGCUUCCUGCUAGCCAGAAAUUCAGAAACCAAGGAGUCGCUGGCUCUUUUUAUCAACAUCCACCACGCGCUCUAUGACGGCGAGUCUUUCUCCAUGCUAAUGGAAGAUGUUGCUGCACACUAUGCGGCUCAGCCGACUCCGCAGAGAGGCUCACCAUCGGCUUUCAUUGAACAUGCCCUUACCCAGGGUCUGGAAAAGGCUAAGCGCCAUUGGUCUCGGUUUCUGGAAGGAUGCUAUCCCACGCUCUUCCGAGCGGACACUAAUAUCAUGGAGCUCCCGACCUCCAUUCACAGGAAGUUCAGUAGCAAGCUGUCGGAACUGGAGCACCGCUCUGCGAGCCUGCAGACCACGGUCCCAUCGUUAGUACAGGCAAUCUUUGCUCUUCUACUCGCUGAUACUGUCGGCGUGGCGGACGUGACAUAUGGCCUGGUACUUUCCGGUAGGGCCGUGUCUGUGCCAGGGGCAUCCUCGGUUCUCCUUCCAUGCAUCACUACCAUUCCCGGUCGCCUGAAUACCGCCAACCUAGGUACUGUAGCUGAAGUGGUAGAGGACGUACAGAAGUCCACUGUCCGGUCGCUGGAUUUCCAGCACACGUCUCUACGACACAUACAAAGAUGGGUCAGAGCAGACACGCCUCUUUUUGACUGUCUAUUCUCCUACAUUCGGACUGCUUCGCCCCCGCAACACGGUCUCUGGCAGGAAUUGGACAGCCACAUGCCCGCUGAGUAUCCGCUAGCCGUGGAGGUCGAAGCAAACCACUCCGCAGACACCAUUCAGCUCAACUGCGUCUUCUCGUCUGCAUUCGGAUCGGUUUACAACGCAGACGAAUUCCUGGAAAAAAUGGACGCUGUGCUCUCGAGCGUUGUGUCGGGCGAGAGUCUUUCGUUGGAUAAUUUCAACAUCUCUGGCUCAUCGGCACCCGGCUCGCGCCCUGCAGCCGUGCAAUGGGACGAUACCGCUUGGUCCACCACGGAAACAGCAAUCCAGGAAAUUACGAUUGCAUUUUGUGGGUUAACUUCGGUGGAGGUUACCAAGGGCGCGUCGUUUCUCAGCUUGGGCGUCGACUCGGUGACGGCAAUUCAGUUUGCGCGCAAGCUGCGCGAGGCAGGGCUCGGGGUUUCCUCGGCGGAUGUUAUGCGAUUUUCGUGCGUGGGUGCGCUGGCGAAGCAUGUUGAGGAAGAUUCGACUCGGGGUUUGGAUAAUGAGGUUAAUGGGGAUGGGGAUGUUACGGCAAUUCCUGUCGAGCAGUAUGGGAAGCAUGUUCGCCUUCUUGGUGAGACUGACUCGGUUACCGCAAUGUUUGAAACCACCCCGUUGCAGUCUGGGAUGAUAACGCAGACCCUUGGGUCAGGACAAGUUUAUGUUCACCCUCAUCCCGUCCGGCUGAGGGACUCAGUAGAUUCUACUCGACUCAAAGCGGCUCUUCGCAAGGUCAUUGAGACGAAUGAUAUUCUACGCACGUCUUUCCACCUCAUUGAGGAACUUGGACCAUCGUGGAUUGGGGCCGUGCAUUCAAGUCCGCCUUUCGAGUGGAAGGAGGUCAAUCUGUCGUCGGGCGUUGAUGUUCUCUCUGAAGUGAACGCUCUGUACUCGUUCAGUGAAGAGUCUUCGUUCGAAACUCCUCCCAUUCGGUCUAUUCUAGUCACCCAACCAGAAGCCCGUCUUCUUGUCAUUGUCUUGCAUCAUGCACUGUAUGACGGCGCUUCCAUACCCUUUCUGUUUGAGGACCUUGCGGUCAUCUACGACGGUGGCUCUCCGGAACGCCCACAGUUCUCGGACACCGUCAAACAUGUUGUGAGCGGGCAAAACGAAGCAUGCGAUUUCUGGACUCGAAACCUGCUCGGAUACGAAGUCUCGGAGGUUCCUGAACUUCCUGUCUCUGAGUCAUCUGACCGCAUGUUUCUUUCUGAGCGCCGAGUGGACCUUGAUUUGUCGAGUGUUAUCGAGGCAUGCAAGGCAAUGGAGGUCACCGUGCAAAGCGUGGCGCUUCUGGCUUAUUCGAAGGUGAUAGCUGGUGUGAUGGGGAAGCGUGAUGUUGUCUUCGGACAAGUCCUCGCCGGUCGCUCUCUGCCUGUUGCUGGUGCGGAAAGGACUCUGGGGCCUUUGUUCAACACCGUUGCUCAGAGAGUGACUUUCGAGCCCAAGUUCCUGAGCAACAGGGCUAUGGCCCAGCGUCUGCAACAGCUCACGAUUGACUCACAGACCUACCAACACGCGCCCUUGAGGAUUGUGCAGAACGCUCUUAGACAGGCCAACAUGACUACUUCUGUCUUCUUUGAUACUCUUUUCGUUUUCCAGAAGAGCGCGGACUUUGCUGGCAGCAUCAUUGAAGAGCAGCAAAUCUGGAUGCCCUACGAGACAGACGAAUACGCGGCGGAGGCCGAAUACAAGCUCAACAUUGAGGUCGAUCAUGCCCGCGAUGGAAUUGUUGCCCGUGCCAAUUGCAACGGACGGUAUAUCUCGCAGGAGAAGCUGAACUGUCUCCUGGACGAGUUUGUCUCGGCUUUCCGCGAUGUCAUUGAACAUCCCGCCAGAUGCGUCACGAUUGUGCCUGACGGACUGGGUGAGCUGCCGGUCAAAUUACCCCGGGAACAGUCUCCUGCCUCCGAGGCCGAUUCCGAAGCACCUUCUCACGAAUCUAUUGUUCUGUCUGUACUUGCCGAAAUUGCCGGUGUGUCUGUGGACAACAUCACACCCACUACCAGCAUCUUCAACAUUGGACUGGAUUCGCUGUCGGCAAUCCGCAUCGCUGCGAUCUGUCGAUCAAAAGGCCUGAAGACCAGCGUGGCCGAUAUCCUCCAGGGAAAUACUGUGCGUGGCAUUAGCCAGCGCAUUCAGCCAAUGCCGGAGCAAACUGUCGAGCCCCAGGGCGCACUCAUCAAGAACUACGACGAGGUGGAGAAGACCGCACUCCAACGACUCAACCUGAGCAAGGACUCCGUCGAAGCAAUUCUCCCCUGUCUCGGCGGCCAACUCUACCAUCUCAUCGGCUGGCUGAAAUCCGGCCGGAAGCUCUUCGAGCCCGCCUGGCCAUACUUUUCCUCGGAGCGCAUCGACAGCACCAGACUGGAGGAAGCGUGGUAUCAGCUCCGCCAGCGCCACCCCAUCCUGCGCACCUGCUUCGCGGCCAUCUCACCAUCCGAGGCCGUCCAGGUCGUCCUUAAACACGCGACGCGCGACCCCAGCAUCUUCAAAGUCAUCAAGUCCUCCGCGUCCAUUACCAAAGCCGCCCAAGCCCAAGCCAGAGAAGAAGCACUUCACCCUUCCACCCUAUUUACACCCCCCGUCCGCCUGCGCCUUCUGAAAGCCACCGACCGCGACGGAAUCCUCAUCCUCAUCAACCACGCCGCCUACGACGCCUGGACCAUGCCCAUGUUCGCCACCGAACUCGCCCAGCUCUACCGCGGCCAAACCCCCAGCACGAACCCGGACUUCCCCUCCUUCGUCGACUUCUCUCUCCGCUCGCUCCGUCCUCUCGACGAGGAGCAAUACUGGUCUUCUGCCCUCCAACCCGCCUCUCCCACACUCAUCCGCAAAUCCCCCACUCCAUCCUCCUCAAAGUCACUCUCCAGCGCCUGGAAGAAAGUCAAGUCUCUCCUCCGCCAUCGCCCCCGUCGAGAAGACCCCAAUAAGCAACUCUUCGUCAGCGCCUGGGAGCAGGUCAAGAACCUCGCUGAGCUAGAGCGCAAGUGCCGCUCUGCGGGACUGAGUCUUCAAACCAUCGUUCUCCUCGCCGUCGCCCGCUGCAUCGCCCGCCUGACGGGGGUCUCGAGCCCAACCAUCGGGCUGUACCAGACCGGUCGCUCGGCCUCUUUCAACGAUAUCGAGAAUCUCUCUGGGCCGUGUCUGAACGUGAACCCGUUUACUAUUCCCGAUAUCUUUCCUACGAGCAGCAGCGGGAGUGGUAAUGAUAACCUGCUCACUCAAGCCCUUACCAUCCAAUCCGCCCUCGCUGCCCGCGUUCCCUACGAGCAGAGCUCCCUCCGCGACGUCCUCGUCUGGGCCCAAUCCAGCCGUACCAAAGCUCCGCUGUUCAACACAUGGAUCAACCUCCUCUGGAUGCAAAACGGCAUUCCCUCAGCUACCGACCCCUCCCCGUCAUCAACCACCGAAACCAACAACAACAAUAACAAAAAUAAAGAGAACGAAAAUCUCUUCCACCCACUCCGCAUCGGCGUCCCAACGGACUUCCUUCCCACAAAGCCGUUACGGGAUACUCGUACCGCGGUGUCAGACCUGGAUACAUCGUUCCUGAGCAGCGAGAACGUGUUCAUCGAUGUCGGGCCGGACGCGAGCACCGAUAGUAUUGGGUUUGGGGUGAGGGUCGAGGGCGGGGUGUUGGGGGAGAGAGAGGUUAGGGCGUUGGUGGGGGAGAUGGGGAGGGAGGUGGAGCGGUUGGUUCAUGAUUUGGAUAGGUGUUUGUGAAGAGAAGAAGAUCGGAUUGGAAGGAGACAGAGAGAAGGGGUUAUAUGAAGUUGGUUGGAAGUGAGGAUAUGAGUGUGUGGAUGUCGGGAUGAUAUAUAUAGAUUGCAGUUUAGAUUGAUGGGUGGGUGUGUUUCAUGUCUAGUACUUAUAGAGUGUUGUUUUUCUUUCUUUGGUUUGUUAUUUGUUGUAUACAGCGCGUUUAAACUGCCUUGCUUUUUCAACUACACUCACUUACUACCCACUCCCUGUAGUAUGCGACCGACAAAUCCAG